UAAGAAGUGAGAAAUUCUUUUCACGACUCUCUUACAGCUAAGUAUAAGAAUAUGAAAGUGGUGUGUUCAAUAAGCCGCCGCCGAAAGCGGCACAUUAAUUCUGAAACUCUGCUCCUCGUAUCAACCGAGGUGAGGACCUAUUGACUCAUUAUGACUACUUAUUCUUUCGAUACCAUCUCUCUCAGCCAUGCCCAUUCUUGCUUCACGACGCCUCACUCUUAUUUCCCUUACGUCGUCGUUUCAUUCUCCCUUAUCCCUACAACGCCACUUUUUCCUCCGUUUCUUCUCCAACAAGAUGGCGAUGGAUAGAAUAAACAACGACAGUGCCAAGUCGUCACUUCCAGAACCACUGCCAGGAAAUGGAGAAAACGUUGAUGCAAAUGUUAUUCCUGAUAAUCCAUUAUCAAACAUUUUUCAUGAAAAUGAAAAAUAUUUUAUGGUGGGCACUAUUCCUGUACUGCUGAAUAGAAAUACAAAAAAAAAUUCACUCCUUUUGUCAACUAAUCCUAGAUGCAUGUCAUCUGACACCAAGCGCCCAGAGUUAAUGUCUAGUUGUGAUCAUUUACCUUCCACACCGACUAGUACUGUUUCUGAAAAAAGAAAAUUCAAGAGGAUAUGUUGCCUUGACUUAGGAUUUGGACAAGGCAACGGGAAUAACUCUAGUGAAUCUAGUUUUUGUUCCAGUUCUGAUGAUAAUAAUAGUAAUAUAUCGACAACCAAGACAUUGUCGCUAGCUGCAAAAUUUAAUAGGCACCGUAAGGAAUCACCUAAACCAAGUCAUUUUUUCAAGAUGGAUGAUGCUGCAUCAGCCAAUAAACGAUAUAAUCACAGGCAAAGAAAAAUCAACCAUGACAUAUGCUUUCACGGUAAAAGAAAUUUUGAUUUAAUAGGAUCUCCACUGCUUGAACAGAACAUGGAAAACUGCUCUGAGAUGCAGGAGGGAGGAAUAAAUGACAGGAUACUGAGGCCAGGGAUGGUUCUCCUGAAACAUCACUUAACACAUGAUGAACAGGUAGAAAUAGUGAAAAAUUGUCGUAAUCUUGGUCUAGGACCUGGAGGAUUCUAUCAACCAGGUUAUGCAGAUGGGGCCAAACUUCGAUUGACGAUGAUGUGUCUUGGUAUGGACUGGGAUCCCCAAACCAGAAAGUAUGGAUAUAAAAGGGUAGUUGAUGGUAGCAAGCCACCAAGUAUUCCCAAUUUCUUUAGUAAGUUGGUUAUAAGAGCUCUACAAGAAGCACAUCGUCUCAUUAAUCAGGAAUGUGAAAUAAGCUAUGUGGAGGACAUACUACCUUCAAUGACUCCUGAUAUUUGCAUUGUCAACUUUUAUACAACCAGAGGAAGGCUUGGUCUUCAUCAGGAUCGUGAUGAAAGCAGAGAAAGUCUUCAAAAAGGGUUGCCAGUUGUAUCAUUCUCUGUUGGUGAUACAGCAGAAUUUCUUUAUGGUGAUAACAGGAAUAUCGAGAAGGCAGAGAAUGCACUUCUAGAAUCAGGAGAUGUCCUGAUAUUUGGUGGGGAAUCGCGACAUGUCUUCCAUGGCAUCUCAUCUAUCAUACCAAAUUCAGCCCCAAAUGAAUUACUUCAUGAUACUUGUCUUUGUCCUGGCCGCCUCAAUCUUACAUUUAGACAGUAUUAAUGUCUUCUCUUCUGUACCCUUAGAUCAGCAAUCCUAUCUAUGUUUUUGUAGUCAUCUAUCUAUAUCUAUAUAUACUAUUAACAAAACACAUUUUGGUUUUAGAUGUUGUGAUAUGGCAACAUCUCUAUUAAUCUUUUCAAAUAUAUAGACUCAUUUGAUACAUUU